CAUAAAAGCGCAAACUAAUAUAUUGCAGUUCCUUUGUUAUCUGAAAUAACAUUAGAGUUUCGAUGGCGAUUGCGAUGGCGAGAGGAAAAUUCUCUACUUUCGCUCUAUUUACGAUCGGACUUGUUUUAUCAAGUGAUGUCUCAUUUCGCGGAUUCUUUGUCGAAGGUAAGGCACUUGAAGUUGUCUUGCUUUGGAAACUUUGUAAAGGAAACAACGUGUAGUGAGAGUUAAAAUCGACGGCAAUAUUUCUUCUUCAGUAUUUUUCUGUUUGACUGCGAAAUUAUUGGGAUUGUGAUAAAUUUAAAACUGACUCGUCGUUAAACUUUGCUUUUAGGCGCUGUCAGUGUUAGCGAGGAGCUUUUGAUUCGACAUAUCGUGGAUAACAUAAAUCCGAACGUCAGACCCGUAUUAAACCCGUCUGAGGCAGUAAAUAUUACUUUGGACAUAACUUUUCACGGUGUGAUCGAAAUGGUGAGUGUCCUAUAUUUCAGUUUUCAUUGAUAUCUAUAGGAAUGUUUUGAAAUUUCUGUUCGACGCAUCUUUACCAUCGAAAGUAUCUAUGACUUCCUGUCCGUCUUGUUAUUUUUUAAUUGAAUCAAGUUGGACUCGUAACACUUAGGCAUGUGUGUGUUUGGUUGAUGGGCAGGAGAGAUUUCGCUCGAGCAACAGACAAUAACUUCAGGGUAUAAACAUACGCGCGAGGUUUAUCCGGUUGUAUGACCCCGGACUUCGUUCUUUCUUAGCAUCCUCGGCAUUUUAAAACAAGUACACGCAACUUCCUGAAACACCGUGAUAAGUCGUACCCGGAGGAACCGUUAUUGAGGAAACCAUUCCAUUGCAAACCCAAUUCAACAAAUUUCGAAAUAGGUUGUAUUUAUUCACUGGAUUGUGGCACUUUCGCUAUUAAUAACAUGGUUUUAUGCAAACGGGGAGAUUUUACUUGUUUUUGACGGAAUGAAACAUCCACAAUUUGAGGUUGGAUUCUAAUUUAACAUGAGUUUAAAAGGAAAUAUUCUCCUUCUUUAUUUUUCCAUGAAGAAUUCGAGCAGCAUCAGAGACAAAUUUAGCGGCACGAAUGUUGCAUAUCUUAAAUUAUCCUCAGACAAAAUAAACUAUCAGUGAUGCUUUCUAGGUCCGAAGUCACUGGAUCGUCAAAGAAAAGCAAGCAUAAUGUGUGAAUACCUGUUAAUGUGUAAACAUUUUGUUUGCCCUAGAGUCUCCACUUUUAGCGAAGUAUGCUUAUAUGCGUGUUGUAGCUGAGUGGUUUACAAAUUCAAAUACUUGAUCACAGCUCAGGCACGCGAGAAAUGCAUUUAUCGGUGAUGCGUGAAUUGUUUGUUCCUUGCCAAUUAGUUUAUAUUGAGGACAACGUAAGAGAGUUUUAGUUUUACUAUAGCCAUUUCACAUUUCACAAAUUUUUCCUGAAACCAUUUGAAAGUGCAAAGAUUUAGCGUUCAAAUUAACUAAAAAUUGUUGUUUGAAUUUGUGCCAAUGAUUGGUUUACAAUUUUUGCCUAAGGUCCCUCGUUAUUCAGUUAACAACAAAAAAUUUAGCCAUUAACAUGCAUACCUCGGUGGAAACAGAUUAAAACAUUUAAUGCGAAGGAAAUUAUUAUCAGAAUUAUUUUUUAUUUUUUUUGAGUAUUCAUCUGCUGCAACUUUUUCUUUCGUUAGACUUUCGAAUCCGACUAAAUUUAGCUCGAGGGACAUUCUUACUUAAAGAAAGCUCUCUUGCUCAAAACUCAGUUAAAUCUGUACGUGAGAUUUUGAACACAUGUGAACAGCUCCCUAAGGCUCUGUAAUCAUUUCGUAGCCAGGUCUUUUCCAUAUUGGCAAGUCUCCGACGAGUGCUGAUUGAUAUGUUAUUUCGGAGUAGACAAAGGAUUGAUAAACAGACUGUUUUGGAAGCAACGAAACAAAACAUUUCAAGCUGAUUGUGUGAAAACUUCAAAUUACCAAUAGUGUGAAUUGAAUGAAUAUGAUAUGCUUCCACGCGUGUAAUAUAAAGGACGGAUUAAAUCUAUUCUAAUCAAAUCAUAAUAUUUCCAGCCCUAGAAUUUAUAAAGAUAAUCAGCUUUCAGCGCCAAGAAAAAAAACAACUUGUUGCGGUAGAAUAACAGAAGAUGUGGUAAACUUUGCUUGAGCUUGAAAAAGCUGCGAAUGAUAUAGUGACGUAAGUUAUAAAACGAAGACUUCAGGGCAUUAAAACUGGCUCAUACAGGCAACAUGUUGAGAUAAAUGAAUGACUCUUUAUGAAAAGAAUUAAUAAUGAAUUGAAAAUGUAAACAAAAGGGUUUUUUGCUAAAUUUAUGCAAAUAUUCCAAAAUGUUUACAAAUUGCUCAAGAAGUGUGAAAAUAUUAAUGUUUUUGUGAGCAAAGAAGAUUAAAAACCUAUAUUUUUAGAGAAUGAAAUUAAAGAAAUUUUCCAAAUAAUAGACUUGUUUUCAAGUAGUUGUGAGUUCAACCGGAAACGGAAAUCCUGGAAAGAUAAUCAUGAUUUUGAAAUCCAAAGUUGAAAGAUUACAGUCCCUAGUAAAAAACAUCGACACUCUUCUGGCAAGAGUUCAAAUAACUUUUCCAAAAGCGGCUGUCGAUGGUGUAAACUGGUAGUUGUUCUCGUGUAGGGCGGUUAGGCGAAACACAAACACCUGUGCCAGUUGGCGGGCUAAACAGACGGCGUGAGAGGUCUAAAUGGCAGCGGCAGACCGCCAGUAGCCGGCUUUAAUUAAAACUCUUGUCUUCUGUGCUCGAAAAUUUAAAAUAUGAUGAUUGUUUGCUUUUAGGUACUGUAGCAGUUUUUAUCUGUUCUUAGAGGUAUUAAUCUCAGGGAAAAUAUGAUAUCGGAAGGAAGAACGAUUAGAGCGAUUUCGGGUCAACUUUUCAGCCCACACAUAAAUCGCUACGCUAGACAUGCUUUUUUGACGGAAUUCUCGUUUUGCACGUAAUGGAUCACUUGUAAGAACCUGAAAAAAUAUAGCUUCUAACCAUAACAGUCCUGUAGUGGGUUGAAGAUAAAGGUCAAAUGGGCUUGAGCUCUGAAUGUCCAAUGAUGCCAAGUGAAAUAGAUCUCGGAUCCCAUGGGUGCUGAAAAACGCGCGCGAGAUCACGUAGCUCACACGCGCGUACUCGCGAGGAUUGAACUCUUUAUUGUUUUUUCUUUCUUAUCGCAUAAAGCGCCAACAGGUUCUCUCUUGCUCUUCCAUCGUGCGUGAACGAUACACACGAUUUGAACUCUGUCAUAUCAUUUGGGGUGUAGGAGUGGCACAGAUUCCUUUUCAGAAUGCCAAAAUAAACGAAAUAUGAGGAGGGUUAUUGCACUUCAUCAAUUGACUCAAAGCCAAACCAGCAUAAUCGUUUGUAACGAGCUAAAGUAAUGCCAAAAACCAAAGGCAGCCAAAGUUCGCAAAAUAAGCCUCCGCAAAUAUGCUAAUAUAUUUUCUUUGCGCGAUGGGUGAAAUAUAGGAAUUUUGUUUGGGAAGAAACAGUCGCAUUCUCAACAUGAAAAUCUGCCUUAGUUUAAGCAAAAAUUAAAGUUACUUCGCUUGGUGCUGGAUCCUUUUAUGCCGCCGCACCAUGUUUGUGGAAUAGUUUUCCUGCUGAAUUGCGUGCAAUCUCACAAUUGACAAUUUUUAAAAGCAAUCUUGACCCCUACCUUUUUGGUCAGGUUUUUCUUUAACCUAUUUAGACCAAAUAUUUUAUUUUAUGUAAGUUUUUAUGAAUGUUAUUUAAUCUGAUUUGUUUUAUUUUCUUGUAAGUCUCAUUUACAUUUUACAUAGUAUACUUCGAUUGUUGCAGAACAGUUUCAUAGCUGAAUCAUUGUGAAGCGUUGCUGAUCAUUUCCAUGUAAAUAGACAUUGUUUCUCGCUCAUGCUUACUUUCUUUCGCAGGUGAUUCACGUGUGUUGUCAUUUCCGCCUCCCCUCCCCCACCCCCGCACUUCUGGCAACCCACGAAUUGCGCACAGUGUAAUAGCUCUUAUGUGUGAUGACGUUAUUUACCAAAAGAUCCACCCAUACGCCUCGUUUCCACUCAAAUUUACACGCACCUUAGCCUCUUUUUUGUUUUCUCCAUUUGAAUAUUCUUUUUGAUCUUAGUGUUUUAGGAAUACCGUCGUAUUAAAAUUCAUUACGUGGGUAAAAUUGGGUUUUAUGACGUUAACUCUUUAACUCCCAAGAUCUGAUUGUUAAUUCUCCUCUCUAGCUACUACAAAUAUCCAUGUAAAUUAGUCAUGAGAAUUUGGUGUAAGAUCAAGAUAACAACUUCUACCUGAUUAGUUUGGAUAUUCUCAUUACCUGUUUGCUGGAUAAUGUAAGGAUAUUACAGAGAGAAGUUAAAUGUUGAUCCUUCUGGGAGUUAAAUGGUUAACAUGCAUAAAGCCUCUUUCCUGACUCAUUCUUUUCCAUACUGGAUGCUGUUUGCAAUCGUCACCUUCAACAACUUUCUUAUGGCGCUUGUGUUUUUUAGUCUAGAACACAAAUAUUCAUCUUGAAAUGAUUUUUACUCUAAUUAAUCUCAUGAUACGUGUUGAUAUAUAAGCGGUUAGAUUUUAUCAUCCUCAAUUCUUACCAUUCUCAAGUAAAUGAAAUAGGAAAACGAGAGAAUGUUAAUUCUUAAAUGCUGUUACGUUUUUCAGCGAGAUAUUUGUCAGUUAUGAAUAAUUUCAUGAUCACAGAUAGUUAUUAAGCUAACUUAAAUUAAAAGUAAAUUCUCUGAUCCUAUUUUCAGUCUCAACGUUUUCUUAGGAACAACAGAGUAACUUUCUUGCGAUUUAAUAGAGAGUAGAAUGCAACUAACCACUGAUCAUUUAUACUAUGUAACUGAGUCAAAUUUGGUAGUAAAAAACUAACAUUAAAGCAGUUGAACUUAAACCUAACAACAGCAUUCUUCUAAUCUUCAUUCCAGGCCGAAAAAUACCAAAUUCUCACUAGUAGUGUUUGGGUACGGCAGGUGAGUCCUGGGAACCAACAUUACCUCGUUCCCAGACCCUCCCUUCACCCUUUACCUGUAGCUUGGUGACGAAUAACCCCUUCCGUAAGGCUUGUGGUCAGCGGCCAUACUAAUUGAAAUACGCUGCGUACGUCAUCAGCUAUGAGGGUGGGGAGAGGGCUGGGAAUGAGUAUUCUGCAUGCUCUCAUACUUAGGUGCUUACUUUUCCAGGACGAAAAAUACCAAAUUCUCACAACAGACAUCUGGGUUAGGCAGGUAAGAGAAACAAUCCAAAAUCACCACUACAGGAUUUAAGCUUAACCAGAUUAUCAUCUAUUGCUUCUCUCUGGUGGUUUUUCUCUUGCACGUGGUUUCUACUUUUAAGAGGAUCAAAAUACACUCAUGAGAACUCCAAAAAACACGCCCCUUGCGCUAAACAUCAUGUUUCACGGAUGGCGAUUCCUACGCGAUCACUUGAUUCAGCCUCAUUGCGUGACGAAAGUUUUUAUCAAAGCAUGCUAGUUUGGCUUUAUCAACUGAGUUGAUUAUGACUACCGUAAAGAGUUUCUAAAGUUGUCGUUUCGAGCGUUCGCCCUUCGUCAGAGCUUCGUUAGUCCUUCGUUAACCUUUCGUGAUCACUCUGACGAACGUAUAUCGAUCGAAACAUCAACUCUUUUUACGGCGGCCAAUUUACAUCAUCAACUCAGAUGAUAGAACCAAAUGAUCUUUUAAUACCCCUGCCGUUGCAGCACCAGUUUUCUUUAGAAACUCUAAAUCGUGCGAGAAACCAUUCAAUCAUUUCCGCGAUGGAAAAAGGCACCAUUACGAGAGUUCUACUUGACAUAGCAAAACCAUCCAUUUGAGAAAGACCCCCCCCUCCCUUGACUACGCACCAGCCCUUCGAUCAAUAGCAUUGCAUUUCUUUUAGUAUAUCCUGAGAAUUUGGUGUUAUAAGCUAUGCGCUUUUGAUAACCUAGAACCUCUUGCUUUUAAUUUUUUUUUCAUGCUUACCGUCUGUUUGGGAAUAUAUAAAAUCUAUGAGGAAAGUUCAAUUACUGAUCAGCUAAACGAGAAGUGUGCUCCAAAUAUCAAUACCUACUGUGUUUUGAGAUUGUAAAGAAUAAUUCAGCCGUUGGAAAUUUGUCUUUAAAUAUUCUGAAAAUUUUACUAUGGUGGCCGCCAUUUUGAUGACAGCAUAGUAACCUGGCCGUGAGCACAAAUCCAUUACGCGUGUUUCUCGAACAGUUGCAGCUCUGGUUAUUAUAAACAAUUAUUACUCGAGUAAAGGAUUGUUAAAAAAGAAUGCCAAGAGUAGUAAAACAAUGGCGCAAGACUUGUAACAUUACGUUACAGCAAGGGGGCCAGGUUGCAUGGUAAGGUUAACAAUGGUGGCGCCCUAGAUGGAAUUUUCAGCACUGUAAAGACCGUUUUGAAAGAGUUUGAUUACUCUGCGUGAUCUAAACACGCGGUAAGUCAUACUUUUAUGUAUGCUGUUAGAUUAUAAUGAUAAAAACAUAUUUUGUGGAGCACCUUCCUCUUUAAAUUGGAAACAGUUUAUAAUGUCACUUUAUAACAUCGUGGUUUCUAUCGUGCAUCAUCCCUUACGCUUGUAAAAUGUUUAAUGUGACAGGAAUGGAUGAACCAACUGAUCAGGUGGAAUACCAGCGAAUACGGUGGACUCGAACAAAUAUCUAUUGAUUCUUCCCUUGUGUGGCAGCCGGACAUUGUUCUUUAUAACAAGUGAGUGUAAAUCGUGUUCUGGGCAUGUUGUUGUAUUCGAGACCCAUUCCACAGCAAGGUCGCUUUCAGCCUCACUCCAACUCAAAUGCUUGGUAACUAAGUACACAACUGUAUAAUGGCCUAUUAAAGGGAGGAUUCAAACUGUACCAUAAGAAAGAAAUGCUCAGCAGUUUUCAUUUAAAUGGUCACACGCCGGGUUCCAUCUACAGACAGUUUUACAUGAAAAUUUAGCUGAUUUGCUCUCAUUUGAAGGUCAUCUUGAUUAUCUUUAUAUGUGAUAAUAAACAGCGGCCAGUCGGGCUCGUAAAAAACUGAAUGGUCAGUUUUAAGGCGAUGUGUUAGGCUGAAGAUUGGACUGUAAUAAAAAGUAAUUGGUCAGCUUUGAUCUCGUAGGGACGUGAAAUUGCCAUAGAAUGAUCUUUUUCAAAGUAAGAUUAUCGUAGUGAUAUUUCUUCUUUUAUCUUGUAUAGUGUUUUUGAAGAAUUUGACGGUAGAAUGGAUAACGUGAAAACUCGAAUUCGAGUAACCCACACGGGUCAUUGUUACUGGGCAGCGCCUUUCAUCUUCAAAACUUCGUGUCAUUUUAACGUAAGAGAUUUUCCUUUCGAUGAGCAGCAGUGUAAACUCAAGUUUGGCUCUUGGAAUUUCCACAAGGGACAACUCGAUUUACUCCGCAAGCGAGAAGUUGCACCAGUGGCAAAGGAAAGAGUAGAGAAUGGGGAGUGGAAUGUAACAUCCAUCCAGAUCAAGCGGAACGAAGUUGUAUAUGCGUGUUGCCCAGAUGAGAAAUACCCCGACGUUACAUUUUUUAUCAACCUCAAGCGGCGCUCUUUGUUUUACACCUACAAUCUGAUCAUACCUAACUUUCUCAUAGCUCUACUUGCCUUCUUUUCGUUCUACAUCCCAGUGGAGUGUGGCGAGAGAAUAUCAUUCGUGAUCACCGUCUUACUGAGCAUGACCGUAUUUCUGCUGUUGGUUGCGGAGAGCAUUCCUCCCACUUCUGAGGCAGUGCCAGUCAUUGGAAUGUACUAUACUUGCUCGAUCAUUGAAGUUGCCUUAGCACUUGUUGCAACUGGCAUCAGUUUAAAGGUGUACUACAGCUAUUUGUACGGAAAAGGCUUAUCACCUCGGUUACGAAGAUUCCUUUUUUGUCGUUUGGCGCCAUUACUGUGGGUUGACACGGAAAUUGUCAGCGAGGCCAAACUUGCAAAAAACAAAUCGUGCUUCCCGUUUAAUUGUCUCAAAAGGCUUAAGUCAAACGUUCCACGGGAUGGUGUCAUCUCGAUGUACAAUGUUACAGAGAACAAAGUGAAUCAGCCUAACGGAGUAGCGACGACAGCGAAAAACGAAAUAAAUUUGCUUGCUGUUGAUGUUAAGACUUCAGCCGAAACCGAUAUCGCCCUUUUAGAGACACAAAAUAGUUUAUCUGACCAAGAGAUAAGACAGAGAGUAAAAAAAACGUCUACGGCGCCCGAACCGCAAAAUGCAGUAUCUUCGACACUGAAGGGACACAAGGACAUCGACUUCCAUGCGACAGAAAGUAGGAUUGCUGCGGCCAUAGUGGAUCGAGCUUUCAUGGUGUUGUUUAUUUUAGUAUUUUUCGCAUCGACACUUAUCAUUUUACUUUUGCCAUUCAUCAGGAAAGGAUGAUCUCAAGUCAAGGCUCAAAUAUGAACUAAAACGCUCUCGGGUCGCGAAGUUGUCUUCUUUUGUUUGUCUGAUGAAUGGAAAAAGUGGUCACGCACCAACAUCUGUCACGUGAGCAAGCAAGCUUCAAUGUUAUAACUAUGCAGCUUUUCGCGUGACACAAAUCACGUUGAAGAUGUAAAGUAAGAAAGAAGAAUUGCCAUCGAGAAUGUCUUCUUGACGGAAAGUUUGAUGCAAACUUGCAUAAAAACAACCAUUGCCUUGCUUUUGGUUUAGCCAUCGCACUAAAUAGCAAUAAGACGAAAACUGUAACAGUUUUAUCCUCAAGUUGGUUGGUUACUGUUUGCGUGGUUCAAAACAAUAAUUUUUCUAAAACAAUUUGGCAAAAUUCUUUUAAUGUGACUUUCAUUUGACGAAACUCGUAUGUUUGUAUAAACUUAACGGAAGAGUAGCCGCCCCGAAGUCUUUGUGUAGUUUCUGUAACUGUAGUUUUUGCCCGUUCGCAUAGAUUUUUUGUAAUGUAUUUUUCGCCUCCUCGGAUGUUUUGCUUUUUGCCCAUGAUAAUUAUUAUGGUUGCAGAGGCGGAAAGAGCGCUCACACCCUUAAAACCGAAACUUAGAGCAUGUGUCAAAUGACAAUCAUGCGGGUUGAAACUUUCCAGUCACAGUGUGUCAUAACGCAGCAAUAUUGAAGAAAUUUAAAAUGGUUUCCGUGUUUACAUAGCCUGAUGUAAACACGCGGGAGGUUGGGAGAACACGAGAUAAGCGUAGGAAACCAC